GUGGCUGGCUCGGCCCCACGCGCGGUGCAUCUCGGGACUACGCGGUCCUUCCGCUCUCGGCUGAGCUCGCGGCGCGGGGAACAUGGCGGACGGCGGAGGUUCUGUAGGGAAGAAGCACAAGAAGAAGAAGGACAGGAAAUCGCUAGCUGCAGAUGAUGUUGCUGAUAUACAGUAUACAGAGGAAUUUUUCAUCAAGCCAGAAUCCCGGGUGGCUCAGCUGGACACAUCUCACUGGCCCUUGCUGCUGAAGAAUUUUGACAAGCUCAAUGUGAGGACUGCGCACUACACUCCCCUUCCAUCUGGUUCUAAUCCACUGAAGAGGGAACUUGCUGAGUAUGUUCGGUCGGGCUUCAUUAACCUUGAUAAACCAUCCAACCCUUCUUCCCAUGAAGUGGUUGCAUGGAUCCGGCGCAUUCUUCGGGUUCAGAAGACCGGGCAUAGUGGGACACUAGACCCUAAAGUAACUGGAUGCCUGAUUGUGUGUAUUGAGCGAGCAACACGAUUGGUCAAAUCCCAGCAGAGUGCAGGCAAAGAGUAUGUGGGAAUUGUUCGGCUGCACAAUGCUAUUGAAAGCGAGACUCAGCUUGCCAGGGCAAUAGAAACUCUGACAGGCGCACUAUUUCAGCGUCCUCCUCUCAUUGCUGCUGUAAAGAGGCAGCUGAGAGUCCGAACCAUCUAUGAAAGCAAACUAGUGGAAUAUGACCCUGAGAAGAGAUUAGGCAUCUUCUGGGCAAGUUGCGAAGCUGGCACUUAUAUUCGAACACUGUGUGUCCACCUUGGCCUGCUGCUGGGAGUCGGAGGCCAGAUGCAGGAGCUCCGUCGAGUGCGCUCAGGAAUCUUGGGGGAGAAGGACAGCAUGGUGACUAUGCAUGAUGUGCUAGAUGCUCAGUGGCAGUAUGACAACAACAAAGAUGAGAGUUAUCUGAGGCGGGUUAUCUUCCCCUUGGAGAAGUUGCUAACUUCACAUAAGCGGUUGGUGAUGAAAGACAGUGCGGUUAAUGCCAUCUGCUAUGGAGCCAAGAUAAUGCUUCCUGGUGUCCUGAGGUACGAAGACGGCAUUGAAAUUAAUCAGGAAAUAGUUGUCAUCACUACUAAAGGGGAGGCCAUCUGCACAGCCAUUGCCUUGAUGACCACUGCUGUGAUUUCUACCUGUGAUCAUGGGAUAGUGGCAAAGAUCAAGAGAGUAAUCAUGGAAAGAGACACUUACCCCCGAAAAUGGGGUCUUGGCCCAAAGGCAAUUCAGAAGAAGAUGAUGAUCCAGCAGGGCCUGUUGGACAAGCAUGGCAAACCGAACCAGAGCACGCCAGCUUCUUGGGAGAAGGAAUAUGUAGACUACAGGAUCACUGUUAAGAAAGAGGAAAAAGCCAUCACAUCUUGCGAGGCAGAGAGGACACCAAAGCGAAAGCGAGAGACGGAAAGUGAAAGUGAAGAGGUGACAGUGGCUACCUUGUCCCCAACCACUCCAGAGCCUGAGGAGCUGAGCAAGAAGGAAAAGAAAAAGAAGAAAAAAGAGAAGAAGGCCAGAGAAGCUGCGGAGAGUGCAGGCGAGCAAAUGGAAGUGGCUGGUGACAGCAGUGCCAAGAAAAAGAAGAAGAAGAAAAAACAAAAGGAGGCUGAAGAGAGCUCUGAAUAAAACUGGUUUCUGGUUGGAGAGGAGGAACUUGAGAA